AUGAGAUCUUACACCGAACUACCCCAGGAUCCUGAGCGUCGGGAUUCCCAUCCCCGCCAUCCGCCGCCACCCGACAGCCAUGCCGUCUUCCGCCUCUACUGGCUCACGGCGAUCGUCUGCUGCGGCGGCCUUCUCUUCGGUUAUGACUCGGGGGUGAUUGGCGGAGUCCUCACCUUUGACUCCUUCCACCGUUCUUUCCGAUAUACCACCGCCGAUGAAACCCGGGUUAGCUCCAUAGCAGUAGGUAUCCAGCAAGCCUCCGCGCUGCUCGGAAGCCUGCUCAUCUGGCCUUUGACGAACCGCCAUGGUCGCCGCCCAGCUAUGGCCCUCUGCUCCCUCAUUUUUUGCACCGGGGUGCUCUUCGAAGUCCCCGAUACCCACUCCUUAACCGUCUUCUACGUGGGCCGCGUCAUCUGCGGCCUGGGGAUCGGCGGCUCCGCAACCGUCAUCCCCAUCUACCUGUCGGAGAUGAGUCCCACAGACCAGCGCGCCCGCCUCGGUAGUUGCUACCAGUUCACCUUCACGAUCGGCAUCUUCGUCUCCUACUGGAUCGACUACGGCAUGCAGUUUGCCCCCGCCAAUGCCCUGCAAUGGCAGAUCCCGCUGGCCGUGCAGCUCAUCCCAGGUGCGCUCAUGGGCUUGGGGAUGCUCACUCUCCGCGAAAGCGUACGCUGGCUCCUCUCGCACGACCAUGACAAGAACGAGGCCAGAGCCUGGGACAGCUUGACCUGGAUUCGCUCUUCGAGUGGGCCGGACGUACGCUUCGAGUUCCAGCAGAUGAAAUCCAGCAUUGAAAGCGACGUGCACGCAACCGCCGACUUCUCCCCGAAGGAACUGCUCACUCGAUCCAACAGCCAUCGACUCGCCCUCGGGAUCUCCCUCUUUAUCUGCCAACAAUCAACGGGAGCCACGGCCCUGGCUUACUUCGGCCCGCAGUUCUUCUCCCUUUUGGUCGGCAACGACGCCCAGCUCACCCUCCUGCUUACCGGUAUCUUCGGCGCACUCAAAGUAAUCAGCUGCCUAACCUUCAUCGUCUGGGUCGCGGACCGGUUCGGCCGACGCCCACUGCUCAUCCUCGGCGCCCUCGCCAUGUCCGUCUGCAUGAUCACCACCUCGGCCGUAGUAAAAUCUACCUCAGUUCCCACCCCACACCCAUCCACCAAUACCGCAAACCCGGACUCCCCCCGCAUCUCCCAGAGCGGCAUCACCACCGUCUCCCUCAUCUACCUCGCCAUCAUCUGCUACAACCUCUCCUGGGGACCCCUCCCCUGGCCCUGCACCGCCGAGCUCUUCAACGCCCGGAUCCGCGAACCGGGCGUCGCCAUCGGCGUCGCCGCCCAAUGGCUCACCAACUUCAUCUGGUCCUUCUCAACCCCGUACGUCCUCGCCGGCGCCAAAUGGGCUACCUUUUUAAUCUUUGGUAUCCUCGACGCCACCUUUGCCGUCUUCGUCUGGGUAUUCCUCCCCGAGACACGGGGCCGAGCCCUCGAGGAAAUCGACGCUUUAUUCGGCGACGAUAGAUCCCGCGGUUAUCACCACCAAGACUUACUCUCUGCCUCCCCGCUGGUCGGUGAAGAGGAACAGGAGCAGGAACAGAACGGUGAAGAGGUUCCCUGUCUAGGUAAACCGAGCGAGGAGCGAGAGGCGGUCUAG